AUGGGGGGACGGGGGUGCUGGCCGGGUCCCCCGUGCCCGCUGCUGUCCCCGCUGCUGUCCCCGCUGCUGUCCCCGCUGCUCUCCCCGCUGCUCUCCCCGCUGCUCUCCCCGCUGCUCUCCCCGCUGCUCUCCCCGCUGCUCUCCCCGCUGCUCUCCCCGCUGCUCUCCCCGCUGCUCUCCCCGCUGCUCUCCCCGCUGCUCUCCCCGCUGCUCUCCCCGCUGCUCUCCCCGCUGCUCUCCCCGCUGCUCUCCCCGCUGCUCUCCCCGCUGCUCUCCCCGCUGCUCUCCCCGCUGCUCUCCCCGCUGCUCUCCCCGCUGCUCUCCCCGCUGCUCUCCCCGCUGCUCUCCCCGCUGCUCUCCCCGCUGCUCUCCCCGCUGCUCUCCCCGCUGCUCUCCCCGCUGCUCUCCCCGCUGCUCUCCCCGCUGCUCUCCCCGCUGCUCUCCCCGCUGCUCUCCCCGCUGCUCUCCCCGCUGCUCUCCCCGCUGCUCUCCCCGCUGCUCUCCCCGCUGCUCUCCCCGCUGCUCUCCCCGCUGCUCUCCCCGCUGCUCUCCCCGCUGCUCUCCCCGCUGCUCUCCCCGCUGCUCUCCCCGCUGCUCUCCCCGCUGCUCUCCCCGCUGCUCUCCCCGCUGCUCUCCCCGCUGCUCUCCCCGCUGCUCUCCGCCGUCCCAGCCGGCGCAGCCCCGUCCCCGGUGCCCCGCAAUGUCUCCGUGCUGCUGGAGCCCGGCUCCGAGCGCCUGCGCGUCCUCCCCGGCCGCCACCCCGGGGCCGUGGCCUGGGCCAGCCUCGAUGACCGCAUCCCGCACGUCGGCUGGGCCUUCCUGGAGGUGGCCACCAACGCCUCGUACAAUGACAGCCUGCAGGCCUACGCUGCUGGGCUCGCCGAGGCUGCUGUCUCCGAGCAGCUGAUGUACAUGCACUGGAUGAACACCAUGGUGGGAUACUGCGGUCCCUUCAAGUACGAGAGCGAGUACUGCCAGAAGCUGCGGGACUACCUGGAGGCCAACCUGGCCUGGAUGGAGGAGCAGAUGGCGAAAGGGCAGGACACCGAGUACUGGCACCAGGUGCGCCUGGCCCUGCUGCAGCUGAAGGGGCUGGAGGACAGCUACAACGGGCGCCUGGACUUCCCCAGGGGCAGGAUCUCCCUGGCACCCUUCGGCUUCCUGCUGCUGCAGUUGGGGGGUGACCUGGAGGACCUGGAGUCUGCCCUGAACCACUCGUCCCCGCAGCGUGUGCUGGGCUCUGGCUCCUGCUCGGCUCUGGUGAAGCUGCUGCCAGGCCAGCGGGACCUGCUGGUGGCCCACGACACCUGGAGCUCCUACCAGGCCAUGCUGCGCGUCAUCAAGAAGUACACGCUGCCCUUCCGCACCUCGGCCGGCGGCAAGUCCCAGAUCCCUGGCAGCGUCCAGGUGUUCUCCUCCUACCCUGGCACCAUCUUCUCCGUGGAUGACUUCUACAUCCUCAGCAGCGGCUUGGUCGCGCUGGAAACCACCAUUGGCAACAACAACCCGGCCCUGUGGAAGUACCUGGAGCCCCGGGGCAGCGUCCUGGAGUGGCUGAGGAACAUCGUGGCCAACCGGCUGGCCCGCAGCGGGCCCGAGUGGGCCGCCGUGUUCCGGCGCUUCAACAGUGGCACGUACAACAACCAGUGGAUGGUGGUGGACUACAAUGCCUUCACACCGGGCAGAGCGAGCCCGGCACCGGGCGUGCUGACAGUGCUGGAGCAGAUCCCGGGCCUGGUGGUGGUGGCUGAUCAGACAGAGCUGCUGUACCAGCAGGGCUACUGGGCCAGCUACAACGUGCCGUACUUUGAGGAGAUCUUCAACGCCAGUGGGAACCUGGAGCUGGUGAGGAAGUUCGGGGACUGGUUCACUUAUGACAAGAACCCGCGUGCCCAGAUCUUCCGGCGGAACCAGACGCAGGUGCAGGACCUGGACUCCAUGAUCCGCCUGAUGCGGUCCAACAACUACCUGCAGGACCCCCUGUCGCGGUGCAAGGGCUGUGACCCCCCCCAGAACGCCGAGAACGCCAUCUCCGCCCGCUCCGACCUCAACCCUGCCAACGGCACCUACCCCUUCCCUGCGCUGCGCCAGCGCUGCCACGGCGGCAUCGACAUGAAGGUCACCUCCUCGGCCAUGGUGCCCACCUUCGGGCUGGUGGCAGUCAGCGGCCCCGCCUGGGAUGACGUGCCCCCCUUCCGCUGGAGCACGUCCCCCUGCAGCUCCCUGCUCCACAUGGGCCACCCCGACCUCUGGACCUUCCCCCCAGUCAAGGUCCACUGGGACUGAGCAGGCGCUGGUCCCGUCUGUCCGUCCAUCCAUCCAUCUGUGGGCGUCUGUCCCGUGGGGAUCCCUCUGUGGGGGCAGCUGGGUGUGGGGGGUCUCGGCUCUGUAACACACCAGCCCCCCCUGCUCUUUCUGCCUCUCAGGGUCCUGGCUGUGCUGCACAAGGGGCUGAGCCCAGCGUGGCCCCUCCCUGCCAUGUGGCUCUCCAGUCCCAAUCCCAGGACUUUCCCUGGGUGCUGAUGCCUGGUUUGGGGGGCUCUUCCCAGAAAAGGGGGCAUCCUGGGCGGCUGGGGCACAGACAGGAGGGCAGUGAGCUGGUUUGGCUGUGGUAAAUAAAGUGCUCUGUGCUGGUGGCUGUGCUUUGCUCUCUGCUGAGGUUCUCUGGUGGCUUCUGUUGGGGUUGGGCUCACGCAGGGGUCUUGCCCCCUCCCCAUUAACAGGGUGAUCUGCUUUGCUGGUGGGAGGCUGUGAAGCCAGUGAGGCUUUUGGGGUGCAGGCUGUGAGGGGUUCUCUGCUGCUGGAGAGGGGGAGCCCCGCUGCUCACCCCCCAGGAGAGGAGACCAUCCUCAUGCCUUUUGUCUUCCUUUCCUCUGGCACCUGUGUGCCCCGUCCCCAAAACCCGCGGUGCAAAAUCCUCUUAGGCACUCCCUUGAUCCGCUCUGCCUCGUUAGGAAUAACGAGGUCAUUACUGGGGGAUUAAUGAGCCGCGGCUCGGCAGCG